AUGCAACAAGACCACGAUUGGACCAACAACGAUUCAUUCCAAGUUGCUGGAGAGGAUGAAACCAACACCACACGAACACUCUUGUACAUUGAAGGAAGGAAUGGCUUCUCUCGAAUAUUUGCAUCCUCUCCUACAAGGAGUGAUCGUGAUCAGCACAAGCCCACUAAAAUACCUGCCUUACGAGAGGCUACUGAACUUUUUUCGUCGAACACACGAAUUGAUGAUGCUGAACGACCAUCCUCCGAGCUAGCCAUUAAUCAUUCUCCUGGGCACUUUUCUUUAAUUCGAGAUCAAAAACAGCUCAGUCCUUUCAGCUUUGCAAGUGCAGAUUCAAGAAAAUCUUCAUCUCGUCGCUCUCUUCCCUAUUCCAAUCUUUCCUCCCCUCGUCCAAACUCUUCAAAGUCCAAUCGAGAAGAGUUGUUUUUCCAAACCUCAGAUCCAGGAAUGCCCCUUACAACUCUUGGCGCAAAAAAUUCACCCAUUUCAUCUUUUGAGAAACAUCAUCCUCAUCGUUUCUACAACAACAACGUUAUAACAAGCGGAAUGAACCGAGAUUUGUUUCGUGGAACAACACCAACUCCAAGAGAACGCGAGUUAUUUACAAAAACAUCACCAUCCAUGGAGUUGUAUUUCGGAUCAACAAAAUACACUGAGGACAAUGAUGCUGAUGAUUUUAGAAUUGAGAAGAAUAUAAAGGAGAAAAGCUUUUCUCCAAGUGGUGCCCUGCCUGUGACUGCAAAAGAGGUUGAAAUAUCACCAAAAUCAGGUCGUGAGGAUCUAAUCAAGCAAAUGCUUGCAGGAGAGAAAGCCCAACAAAACAGCUAUUUCACAGAGGAUUUUGUCUCUUCGUCUUAUACUUAUACAUCUCCAAAGUCUAAGAAAACCUCUAUAAUAUUCAAUAGUCGAGAAAAUGAUGCUACUGAUAUUGAGGACAAAGAAAUUGUAAAUAUUCUCUCCCAAAUCAAGAAGUCAAAAAGAAACGCCUUAAAUGAAGACGUUCUCAAGCCCAACAAGAAAACAGAUGUCACUCCUCCAAAAUCAGAAAGGAGGCAAGAUAUCGUUGAUGUAAAUCUAUUGAAGCAAAAAGAGUUUUCAAAAAAGACUUUGAUAGAUGAAAUUCAAAAGAAGAACAAGGAAAUUCUUGACCUUAGAAACAAAAUCAUUAAGCUGCAUUCCUUAAACACUUCUUUAGAGAGCGAGAUUAAGUCAAUGGAAGAAACCAAUGAGUCUAUCCAGUUUCUGAAUAGAAGCAAAGAUACAACCAUCAAUGAAUUAAAAAAGCAAAUAGAUGAAUUACAAAUCAAACUCGAGACGAACUCUCAGUCACAUGUGAAUAUUGUAGAUGGAUUGCAGAAAACAAUAGAGAACCUGAACAUGACCAUUAAAGAAAAGGAAGUGCAGAUUAAAGAUCAAGAUAGACAACAUUUGAGACCAAUAAUUGAGGAACACAAUAGAACCAUUAGGGACUUAAAAUCUGACAUUGAGCGAGAACGAAUGCUAUAUGAAGAGAAAAAAGCAAGAUUACUUGAACUCAUUGCUUGUAAAGAGGAUGAAAUCAGAAAAAAUGGUGAGAAAGACAAAAUCAUGAACGAGUUAAAUAUAACAAUCGAGAAAAAAGAUCAAGAAAUUAGAACUCUAAAACUUUUCAACGAUAACAACAUGCUUGAAAUUGAAAGAUUGAAAAAGCACACCCAGCAUCUCCUUGAGGAAAGAAGAGAAUUUACAGAACAAGUGAAGGAUGAGAUUUCUAUUCAACUCAAAGAAGGCCAAACAAAAGAUGAACGAAUAAUGUUCCUUGAAGGUCUUGUGGAAAAACACAAAAUUAAGCUGGCAACGGUGUUGGAUGAGCAAGAAAAUAGAAAAAACGAUCUGAUGAGAAUCAUUGAAGAAGAAAGAAGAAUAUCUAACUCACUCAGGAGCGAAAACUUUAGAUUGAAAAAUAACGAGAAAGCGUUUCAUCAAAUGGAAUUUAUUAGAAGAAAUAUUCUGAUCACUAUUAAGGAUGUGAAUCACCUUCUUUCAUUGGUUGAAACGGAUGGAAUGGAGCUAGCAAGUUCUAAAGUUGUACAGCAAGAGUUACAAAAUGAUGGAGAUCUCCUAGCAUUAUCGUCUCAACUAAACCAACGAAUUGAUAUUCUGAAAAAUAGAUUGACCGAAAAAUAUGCAGGUCAGCUUGGUGAUUGCUUGACACAAUAG